AUGGCAAACGCGAAUCAGUCCUUCUACGAGCUGUACAGAAAUAGCAGCAUCGGCUUGGCUCUGACAGACACUCUCGAUGACCUCAUCAGCGAUUCUCGCAUCAACCCGCAGCUGGCGAUGAAGAUUUUGAGUAAUUUUGAUCAGGCCAUCACUGAGGCGCUGCAGAAGAACGUGCGAAGCCGACUGCAGUUCAAGGGAAGUCUCGACACCUACCGCCUCUGCGACGAAGUCUGGACAUUCUUAAUUAAAAACGUCACAUUUAAGCUCGACGGCGGUCAAACUGUACAGGCUGAUAAGGUCAAGAUUGUCAGUUGCAAUGCCAAGCGACCGGGCGAAGCCCCUUGA